CGUAGUAGUUAUAGUAACAGAAAAAUCAAAGAACUUGGGAGGUUCACAUACAAGCGUCGUCCUGGAAAGCCAGAGACAGAAACAGACUUCACAUCCCUUCUCUACCUACGAAUCUCUGUUGUGCUUCUUAAAAGCUACUCGGGAUUCAUCGGUAUCGUUAUUUUACAAAGGGAACGGCAUCUCCUUUCUGGCCUUAAGAGGUUCGGUUUCCUCUUUGGGGUUGAAUAAAAGAGAAGCAUUUUUUUUUCUUCUGUUUCUGUUUCAGGAUUUUGGAAAAUUUUUGUAGAGAUUUUGUUAUUAUUUUUUUUUUCGCUUCUUGAUAUUGAAUUCUUCAUCAUGUAAGGCAUCUUAAUGUUGAUGCUGCUCUGGAUUUUAUUUUAUUGUCUCUUCAUCUUUUAAGGUCGUUUGGGGAGGAAGAUUUUGUUAUUUCUUGAUUUUUACGUCUAGUUUUAGUUUUGUGGUGGAAGAAAAGAAAUGGGUCAACAGCAAUCCAAGGAGGAGCUGCUUUAUCAGCAGGUCAAUUAUGCAAACACAGAAGGAAUCAAGUCUCUUCGAGGAGAAGGUGCAGGCCUUGAGUGGGUUGAUAGAGAAGGAAAGACUCCCCUGAUUGUUGCGUGUAUGAACUCUGAACUUUUCAAUGUUGCUAAAACUUUGAUUGAACUGGGCGCCAAUGUCAAUGCUUACCGUCCUGGAAGUCACGCGGGGACACCCUUACAUCAUGCAGCAAAAAGAAACCUUGACCAGACGGUGAAGUUACUUCUCUCCCAUGGAGCAAGUCCUUUAAUAAUGAAUGAUGAUUGUCAGACCCCACUUGAAGUAGCUAGAGCAAAGGGAUAUGGCAAUGUUGUUCGUACAAUUGAGAGCCAUAUAUGCUUUUUCUCUGGUUUCUUGAGGGAACUUUACGGACCAGGCUUUCUUGAAGCAUUAGCUCCUCAAUGGGUAUCACGAAAAAUUUGGGCUGUGGUUAUACCCUGUGGCUCCCAUAAUCCUGCAAAGCCUCUCAAAUUGGAGCUUGCUUUAUAUUGUGGUCUACAGGAUGCACAACCUCGCACAGUUAUUGCACUUUGGAAAGCUAAGAUUGAGGAACCAAAAAUUAAUCAACUUGAUCCUUCGGUGAUAAUCUUUGACAAGUCAACUAAAACACGCUAUAAGUUUGCAUCUGCAAAUGAGGGUGACAAGCAGCAAGUUUUCUUGUUUUAUAAUGCAUGUAGGGGAGUUUCCCAGGUACAUCCCCCACUGUCAUCUAAUACCCAGACUCCACCAGUUGUUCCAGCAACUGCACCCCCAUCUACUGCAGAAGAUGUAGAGUUGGCCAUGGCAAUCAGUGCCUCCCUCCAGUCACUGAGGGAAGAGAGACCACCAAUUAUUCCAAACAUCCACUCGGGCCCUGAAGAAAGCCACACAAAUGGUUGGGGGGACUCUGUAGAUAAUUCCAGUUAUAAUGGUUGGGGCCCAAGUGGAGGACCUGCACCUCAUUCGAAAGCUAGUAGUAGUGGAUGGUUGGGUGAACCAGUUAACGAUGCAUGCAAUGGAUGGGGUAUUUCAGAAGCUGGACCAAGUAGGAAUCCCAAUCAGCAUAUCCAAGCUGCCCAUGUGUCUUCUCUAGCUGUUUCUUCAACUCCAUCAGCUCCACCAAUUCCUGAAGUGGUUGCAGAUGAUGGUCCUAUUCAUUAUCCGUCAAUCGACUCUAGCCCAGUUGAUUCAUCCGCUGCAACCGUGGAUGGACUGUCCAGAACAAGCGAGGUGAAAGAUGGUGGUUCUUCGUCAUGUAUAAUAUGCUUGGAUGCUCCAAUUGAGGGGGCAUGCAUCCCCUGUGGCCACAUGGCUGGAUGCAUGUCUUGUUUGAAUGAGAUCAAAGCCAAGAAAUGGGGCUGCCCGGUUUGCCGUGCCAAGAUAGAUCAGGUUAUAAGGUUGUAUGCUGUUGUAUGAUUAGUGAGUUUUUUGGUAUGGUGGGUGGAAUUAUUAGGCUGUGUUUGGAAACAAUGCAAAUAUGUAGAGUGUAAAACGGUCUAUAUAAAUUGUUAAGUUGGGUU